UUUUUGACCCUAAAAGCUAAAACCCAUUUCGAAAUCCCAGCAAUGGCGCGGCGGCGCCGCCGUCGCGCGCUCGGCGGCCGCCCGGAGCUCCGCCUGGCUUACGGCGCGCGGGCCCGCCCGCUGGGCCGCGCCAUCCUCGAGCUCCUGCCCCCGCCGCCGCCUCCGGGGACCCCCUGCCCCGCCUGCCGCGGCGCGGCCGCCGGCUGCCUCGCGUGCCGCCGCUGGGCGCACCUCCUCCGCGCCGACGACCCAGUCGCGUACCGCCGCCUCGUCACCCGCGCCGUGUGCGCCGUCCAGCAAGCCCCCGACGCGCCGCCGCCGCCGCGGUACACCCCGGGGAACGCCGGCCACUCGCAGGCCCAGCUCGUCCGGGAGACGACCAAGUGGAUCCUGGCGGACCGGUCCUGCAAAACCACCAACGUCCUCUGCAACGGCAUCCGUCAGGGUGGCCUGGGUAAACAUGCCAGUAACCUUGUUUCUUCUUCAUCCUGGGAUAUUCUUUUGAAUAGAGUUGGGGAUCUUCUCAUGUGCUAUAUUCUGAGGCACUCGUCUGUCUUUUUGCCCGUUAAAAAAAGUGAUUAUAUUCAGGUGACUGGUGUUCCAUUAAACAUUGUUCUGCAAAAACGUAUAUCCACAACCAUGACAGUGAGAAAUAAACAAUCCAGAUCCAUAAAAGCUAAAUGCCCCACGUGCUAUGCGUGGCGUAAUGCACAGAUGGCACAGAGCCUAUCUGGAGGCAAUCCCAUCAGCAAUUCAAAAGCUGAGUUUUACAACUCAGAUAACACUAAGAAAGUUGAUGCUCUACCAAGUUCUGGAAGUUGUGAUGCUGUAGGAGCUAUAAAGCCUAAAUGUUCAGGUGAUGGAUGUAACUCUUCCAAUUGCUUCACCCAGAAGCCUAGGAAAAGAAAAAGGUUGUACAGUUGGCAACGUCGCAGUAAGCAGAAGCAGGUGUGUUAUGAAGAUAGGUCAACAGAGUUAAGUAAAUUAAACAAGAGCAACCAAGCUGCUGAAGUGAAGAAUCAAAGACACUCCUUGCAGCCUACUGCAGACAACACUUUUCUUGGAGCGAACAAUGGUAAUAAUUUUCCACAAAUCAAAGAGCCAGGCAAUGUACCUGUCCUGUCAUCUCGGAAGUCACCUGGUUCUGUGUUGGAUAUUAUGCCUUCCCAGGGUCUAUCAUGCGGUUACAGUACACCAGGAGACCAAUCUACAAGGCCCCAAAGUGGUCCUGUCUGCUUCAAUUGCCUAAUGUUGAAUGCUUCAAAAUGUGUAUCAGUAGACUCUCCCAUAGGAAGACAUGGUAUUUUCUAUAACAAAAGAGUAUCCAAGAACGUCUUCCAUCGCAACAACUUCGCUAGUAAAAGGAAAGGAACAGAUGGACUGUUUGUUAUAAAGCGCAUAUUUGGAAUCAAGGAGUGCUGCAUAAACUUCUCCCAUUGCGAUUGCGAUGGAUCUCCCACAAGAAAUACUAAUUGCCUGUGUCACUGGCUGCUUCAGCAAGUGAAAAAUCUCAUAAGGAAUUCGAAACGCUGUCAGUAUAAAAAACUAUUUAUGAAGCAUUGUUCUGCCAAUUCUAAGCAGGUUGCAGAGGAUGGGUUCCCUUCAGAUAAUGUGGCCAACGAAAGAAGCAUACAGCAUUCAAUGGGAGGAAAAUCAGCAUGUUCUGAUGGAUCUUUUGCUCAAUUGGAAGCUUACAGUACACAUCAGCAAGUAGUAUCCUUUGUCUGGGCAGUGUUGAUACGAAUCAUUCCACAGCCUUUGCUUGGCAAUCCUUCUAGUAAGAGAUCUUUAAGGUUAAACAUUUGGAAGUUUAUAAGGUUACGAAGGUUCGAAACAUUUCAAGUAACUGAUUGUAUUGGUGAGCUGAAAGUAUCAUAUUAUUCUUGGCUAUCAAAAAUUGGAUACACUAGUUGCUCUUGCUUAGUACCAAUGAGAAAAUACACUGAGGUAUCAAGUGGCAUGGAGGAGCAGAGACAGAACAACCUCUUGCGCUGUUGGAUUAGCUGGUUAUUUUCUGAUAUUGUGAUACCAUUGAUCAAUACAUACUUUUAUGUUACAGAAAGGGAAACAAAGCGAUAUGAUGUUUUCUAUUAUCCGAAGUCAGUUUGGAGGAAUCUUACUAGCAAUGCUAUUGCUUCAUUACAUGCGCAGAGUUUCAGGACUCUGUGUGGUACAUCAAGGAGAGCAAUAAGACAUUUGUACCGCUCUUCAACAGUGAGAUUUCUUCCAAAAACAAAAGAUAUGAGACCAUUAGUAAAUUUUAAAGCUCAACCAAAGGAUGUCAUUCUCAGUAAGUGUCACUUAGUUUUAAAAAAAGUAAGGGAUGAGAAUCCAGAGAUGUUCGGUUCAUCUGUUUUUGACUACGAUAGUAUCUACAAAAACCUCUCCAGUUUUAUCUCUUCAGUAAGAACACAGUUGAAGGAGCUGAAGGUAUAUAUUGUUGUUGCUGAUGUAUCCAAGGCAUUUGAUUGUGUUAAUCAUGACAUGCUACUGAAAAUUAUGGAUGAUGUUCUGAAAGGUGAUGAGUAUGUCCUGAGGAAAUGCAAGAAAGUAAUAUACAGUAGGUCUAAGAAUGCGGUCUACCGCUUUGAUUCAAAUGUCUCUGUUAGCAACGGAAACAGUAGCCAUGAUUUCUCAAUUCAGCCAUCAUCAAGUGGUGGCAUUCUUGUUGAUCAGGGAACUGUUAGUACAAUCCGGAAGGAAGAUCUUCAGCGUGUCCUUUUUGAACAUGUUAAGUGCAAUAUUCUGAAGAUUGCCCAAAACUUUUACUUGCAACAAGUAGGAAUUGCUCAAGGAAACAAGUUAUCUCCCAACCUUUGUUCUCUGUAUUAUGGCCACCUUGAAAAUUCCGUGCUAUUGAAUGUUCUUCAUGAUGGAAAGAUAAAUUCAGGAGAGUCUGUUUCAGCACCAGAAUAUUUGCUGAUGAGGUUCAUUGAUGAUUUCAUGUUUAUCUCUUUCUCAAAGACGCAUGCUUUGAACUUCUAUAAUAGGUUGAGAAGAGGCUUUGUGUACUACAACAGCUACAUGAAUGGCAGAAAAUAUGGUUUUAACUUCAAUGUUGGAAGUAGUGAGCAUUGCCAUAAUAGACUUUACAAGGGUGAUGAUGGAAUCGCUUUCAUACCAUGGAGUGGUUUACUUAUAAAUUGUGAAAAUUUGGAAAUUCAAGCAGAUUAUACAAGGUAUUCAGAUAUCAAAAUCAUGUCCACGAUCACUGUGAAUAUGCAUUCUUCCAUGAAGGACCUUAGCAGCAAGCUAUCCCAUUAUAUGCGUCCGAAGUGCCAUCCCAUUUUCUACGACUCCAACAUCAACUCGCCAGAAACCGUAAGACUGAAUAUAUACCAGGCCUUCCUAUUAUGCGCAAUGAAGUUCCAUUGUUACAUCCGAAACCUGCCGUAUUCCAGCAUGAGCAAACCAGAGGUGCUGCAUAUUAUCAAGAGCAGCUUCAGAUACAUGCACAGUCUCAUCAUCAGCCGCAUGCAAGGUGUGGAGCUGCAAUCCAAUGUUCACCCGGUUCUAAAGCUAAGGCGUAAAGAAACCACGUGGCUUGGACUUUCUGCGUACAUCCGUGUUCUUCAGAGGAAGCACUCGUGUCACAAGGAUCUGUUGGCACUGUUGAUAGCAGAGGUUGGGGGAUAUGGCUGUAUGGACCGCGAUUCUGACAGUUUGCGCUACGCUGUGGAUGAUUCUCAUUCUUCGAUGUUCUGGAGGUUCAGAUAUUAGAAGGAAACUCGAGGGGCCUGACUCCUGAGCAUUGCAGAGAACCUUGGCUUUGCGGGGACAGUUUUAGCGGGAUGUGGCUUAUAUGCAGAUCCACCAGUAUUAUCAGGUUGGAGGUGUGAAAAGCUAGUUGUGACUUCUGAAGUUGCAGUCCCUCCCAUCAGGUUUGCCCCAAGCUUUCUGUCUCUAUCUUGUAUGCCAAUACGCGUGGGAUCAUGUGUCUGAUCGGCUGCCACAUUCAUUAGCAAACAUAGCAGCAUUUGGGCUCUGUAUCAUUUAGUUGCGGCUCAUCUUGGCCACUUAUUUCGAAGAAUAGCAUCCUAGUGAUUUGGGUGGUAGUCGGUCUGAAGAUGAAAGAAGCAUAGCCAUUGUUUAAUCUUAGUGUGUACCCAAGUCCAAAACGUUUGCUCUUCCAGCCUGUAAUUAGACAGCGUACAUGCUCAGGCUAUAUGUUGUCUCGGUAUUUAAUAUUAAAUUCUGUUGAGAAGUAUGGCAUCCGUUCCAAAUUAACUUGGUCAGACUAGGUCUAGAUAUGCAUAUAUCUUCUCUUUUUUUUCUCUCUCUCCAAAUGGAGGUUAAGACCUUAGCACCAUCUGCAUACAAUAUUUAUUUGGAUUUUAUUCAACAAAGAUCUGCUAUAAGCAAAUAGCACCACUGCCGUCUGCACCGCUUGCCGUUGCGUAUCAGGUUGCAAGGGGGGCGGGACAGCCCGCUACGCCGCAACGCCGCCCCGCAAAAAAGGCCGAAGCGGUGCCACUGGGCUCACCGCGUCGCCUCUAGCGGGCCGAAGCAGUCAGGCCGCAUUGACCACCAACAUCCCGCAGUCCCGCAAAUCGCUCUUCUCAGUGAAAAAACCUUAUCUCUCGAUGGGGAAACCGCUCCCGGCGGCGGCUCAGCUCCACCGCCCCUGAGAUCUUCUUCCACCGCCCCUGAGAUCGCCCCUGAGAUCUUCCUCCACCGCCCCUGAGAUCAUCCUCCACCGCCCCUGAGAUCUUCUUCCACCUGCUCGUACUGAUGUUGGGGUCAACGGCGGGAGUGCAUCCAUCUCAGGACUGCCCGGUCGGGAUGGUCGACGGCGGCGGCGCCUCCAUCUUGGGACUGCCCGACCAGGAACCUCCACCGCCUCCCUCACGCGCUGAAGCGGAUGGUUCAUCACCAUCAACUGGAGCUGGCCUUUCAUCACCGUCAACUUCCGCAAGGCCAUCCUCGUUGCCCCCUUUUCUGCACUUCAAGAACAAAGGGCAUCUGUCAGCUGGAGAAAUCGCUGCACCUACAGGUGAUUCUUCAACCCAAGUCCAAGAUCAACAUGAAAUACCUGCAAAAGCUCUGCCAAAGAAAGCUUUAGCUGCACCUACAAAUGGAAAAUCCCGAGAUCCAAGCCAAGAGGGCCUGAAGAACUAUCCCAGACAAACCGGACCAAAGCUUACAACGCAGAACAUGCAUGAUGCUAAGGGGGUGGUGAAAACGGAAGCAAAUACCCAUGUGAAUACUUGAUGCAGAACUAAUACUUGAUUCAGUUAAGAUUGCAUGUUACUUGAUUCUGCUGCUGCAGUACCUUGUGGUCAUGGUUCAUUUUGACAGCAUGAAUUUCAUUGAUUUCGUGCGAUUUUUCUGCGGAAAUUAAGGGACCAAAUGAUCUGUACGAGGCUGAGUUUCAUUUUGACAGGAUGAAUUUUAUUGAAUUCGUAUGAUUUUUUAUUUACAUGUGA